GUAGUGUUUUGAUAUUGCUUGGUGACGUCAUAUCGAGGUUAACCACACGUACAUCUAAAGUAGGGUUAACCUCAAAGCGAAGGUUGUUAGCGCAAUAUCUGCUGACGGGAUAUUUAAAUAGAUGUGAUAAUAUAUAUAUGAGCCGGUGGUAUGGGGUAAUUUCAGUUCUACUGGUGUCAGAUGAGAGACGACUGUCUAAAACGACGCAGAUAUGUCCGGGUACAGAAGACUAAAAAGUGAGACUUGACUGAACUGACAGCUGAAGAUAGGAGCGUGUGAGACGAACCUGCCAUGACCUUCACGAUGACAAGUCAAGGAUGCGAUGACCCUACUAAAGUAUGCCUCUACCAUGACAAGAAAUGGAGAAGCCGUUUCCAGUUCUUCAUCAAUCAAAUAAGAGGUGAAAUAGUCCCGGUUAUCAACCUAGCCAAGUUUCAAAAGCUAGUGUGUACCUGCAAAGCUCAAGAUCCAGAGACAUUUCCUAAGGAUUUUGACAAGGUCUUGUCUGAGUUUUCGAUCAGAGAUAUACCCCAAAAAGAAGCCAGAGAGUUUGUGGAGUAUCUUUAUAGGUCAGACAUCUGGAAAACAGAACAAACUAGAAGUACAAGUGCCAAGAAUCUCAUCUACCUUCUGCAGUGUUCACUGCAACAGGACUUUGGCCUCAUUGAUGGUCACGACUCCAGGCCUGACCCAGCCAACCCGGCCAACUGGACAUCAACAACGGUCAGAUUUACGGUGAAGAAAUUUGAGUCUCAUUUCAUGGGUUUUUUCAUUGGCAUCAAGGGUCGAAAUAUCCGUACGGUAGAGAGAAAGUUUAAGUGCAAGAUCCGUCUGAAGGCGGAGUUUGUCUCCAGUCAGGGUUGUGGAAUUGCAGCAGUGAUUGAAUACCUUUCAAGCAAACCUGUAACUUUGGAAGAUAUUUCUCAAUGUCUUGAGAAAGAAGCUAAUCGGAUUGUCGUUGAAAGAGAAUACUGUCAGCAGAAGACGCUGGAGUACUAUCGGAAAAAGAGUGGAAGGAGACACAGGACAUUCCGCCCCAAAGAUUCUCACAUCAAUGAGAAGACAGCAAGCAGAAGGAAGUACGCGAAGAGAGUGGGAGGCAGAAGAAAACACUACCAUGUCAGACAUGAAAAUGUCUCCAAACUUGAAGGGAGCCGAUGCCUCAACUGUUUGGUCAGCUACACAACACCGCUGUUCAAGGAUGCUAGGUGUACCCACCACCCUGGAUACAUAGUUGCAGAACCAUUGUCAAGCACCAACGGGGGCAAGAAGCAGACACCUAAUCAUAGGUGGACUUGUUGUAGCCUUGUGACUCAAACAACACACGUCACCAUGAAUGAACACACAGAGACAGGCUGUACUGUUGGCCUCCACAACUGGCGACCUGAUCGGAAACAAGAAAAGGGUGAUAUGAAGUCGAGAAUUAUGCGUCUGGAAUAAUCCCCAUUCCAGACUACAGUCUCAUCUCACUGUGGAUCUAGAGUUGAUACUGUAGACCACAGUCUCAUCUCACUGUGGAGUUAGAGCUGAUUCUGCAUUCUGCAGACUACAGUCCCAUCUCACUGUAGAGCUAGAGCUGAUUCUGCAUUCUGCAGACUACAGUCCCAUCUCACUGUGCAGCUAGAGCUGAUUCUGCAUUCUGCAGACUACAGCCCCAUCUCACUGUAGAGCAAGUGUUGAUUAUACAGACUACAGUCCCAUCUCACUGUGGAGUUAGAGCUGAUUCUGCAGACUACAGUCCCAUCUCACUGUGGAGCUAGAGCUGAUUCUGCAUUCUGCAGACUACAGCCCCAUCUCACUGUAGAGCAAGUGUUGAUUAUACAGACUACAGUCCCAUCUUACUGUGGAGCAAGUGUUGAUUAUACAGACUACAGUCCCAUCUCACUGUGGAGCCCGAGUUGAUUCUGCAGACCAGUCCAAUCUCACAGGAGCUAGAGUUCAUAAUGCAGACUAUAAUCUCAUCUCGCUGUUGCUAGAUUUGAUUCUGCAGACUACAGUCCCUUCUCAGUGUGGAACUGGAGUUUGAUUCUGCAGACUAGUCCCAUCUCACAGGAGCAAGAGUUGAAUGAUUAUGCAGACUAUAAUCUCAUCUCGCUGUGGAGCUAGAAUUGAUUCUGCAGACUACAGUCCCAUCUCACAGAUGCCUGGGCGAAAUAAGUUACCUUAGCUGAUGCAAGUUUAUUCUUUUAUUGCCACACAAUCAGCCCAGUCACACAUGGUGACCAUCGAUGCCGGACUUUAGUUGAUUCUUACGACAGACAUGGAGUAUUCUGCCAGGACAUCAUGGAGCUGUUGGUGCCAGACAUACUAAAUUACGCGGACAUUGAACUGAAGAUUAUCACUUUUGUAAGGAUCACUUACUGAUUCUCAGGCAAAGGGACACCUUAUUGGAGGAGAACCUGCUGACAGUGCCCUUUGACAGCAAAUCUGGUUUGAAAUAACACUUACGUUAGCUGUGAUAAGCUGGAGAAAUAUAGGUGAAGUGGAAUGAUUGUCAAUCAGACUUCUUUAUACUGCAGCAAAUUAAUUUACAGGACUUCCUGAGGCCAAUAUGGUAGAAUAUGCUGUGAGAUUAGUAUUUAAAGGGUUGCUGAAGAUAUAUUCUACCCAGGAUCUUCACAGGUCCAGGAGAAAGGGGUAGUAAUUUGCGACAACAGCUAUGUCUCACCAUGUCCAAAGUACUGUUGUAAAAUAUAUGCCACUUAACUUUUGAUACACAUGGUACAGGUGUUUCUAUUUAUUUAAAUUCUAUGUUACACCAAGCAGAUUAUUUAUGAUAUGGAUGUGAACUUUAUACAAUAAAUCAGAUUGAAUGCCAGAAAUGUUUCAGAUUUUUCACUGUGUAUGAAUCCUUUCCUCUCCUAUAUUUGUCAUCCAACCCAAAUUUCAUAAAAACGUGCAAUUCGGCUUGAAGAAAUGGAUACAUCAAUUAAUUAUUAGGAUUGGCCAAUAUUUAUCAGACCAACUUGGAUUUCAAUUUUCACAAAGGCAUGUGACGUCAUCCAAUGUAUCAUGACACCAUCACAUUCCAGGUCACCGUUUUAGCAAUCUAGGGUGACGUUUUAGCAUUCCAGAGUGAUGUUUUAGCAUUCCAGGGCACCGUUUUAGUAUUCCAGGGUGACAUUUUAGCAUUCCAGGGUGACAUUUUAGAAUUCCAGAGUGACGUUUUAGUAUUCCAGGGUGAUGUUUUAGUAUUCCAGGGUGACGUUUUAGUAUUCCAGGGUGACAUUUUAGCAUUCCAGGGUGACAUUUUAGAAUUCCAGAGUGACGUUUUAGUAUUCCAGGGUGAUGUUUUAGUAUUCCAGGGCACCGUUUUAGUAUUCCAGGGUGACAUUUUAGUAUUCCAGGGUGACAUUUUAGAAUUCCAGAGUGACGUUUUAGUAUUCCAGGGUGAUGUUUUAGUAUUCCAGGGUGACGUUUUAGUAUUCCAGGGUGACAUUUUAGCAUUCCAGGGUGACAUUUUAGUAUUCCAGGGUGACAUUUUAGCAUUCCAGGGUGACGUAAUGUCUGUCUCACAACUGUAAGAGUUGAGUAAGAGAGAUAGUGCUAUGAAAACAUAGUGAUAACUUUUGAGAUUUAUUUCACAAUGUUGAUAAAAACAUUUUCCAGUUUGCGGGUGUUAUUUAGGAUCCAAUGCCUGGAAAAUUAAACAUAUGAAAUCUUCGGCUUAAGCUGUCACUUACAAAUGAAACUUCCAGACAUCAAAUUCACCAACAAAUGUGAAAACACAUGUUUCUCACCUAACUUAAUAUGUCAGUAUUGGAAGUUGAAUAGCAUAGAGUUUUUAUCAGUUUUUAAAAUACACAUAUUACUUUCUUCUUUAUACAUUUAUUUCAUAUAUAAUAUGAAUAUGAUAAAUGUAUUAAUACCAUAGUUUUGUUUGUUUAAUGCCUCAGUAAGCAAUAUUCGAGCUCUUUGACGGCAGUCAAUACCAUUAAAAAUGUGCACAGCAAAUUGUGUUAGUUAUUAUUCAAUACAGGCUCAGAGAAUGUAAUCAAGCAGAAAAAGCA